CGCGCGCAGUUACUUGAACGCGAUCUCGACACGCGUUCUUCUUUCAGACGUACACGUCGUUGUGGUUUCUCAAAUCAAAACAAACACCAAACAUUUUGACGGACUGUCCACAAACAGCGGAGAAUGGGGUCAUUCCUUGCUUUUCCACUGGCGAAACCGCCUGAGAUAUUCGAUCUUCCCGAUUCUGCGCUUAUAGAGGCUGAUAAAGAAGAUGUUUAUGCGGAAUGUCAUGCAAUCAAUGUGAAGUUCUGCGAAACCAUGCAUCGGCAGAAUAUGCGCUCCAAAAAGGAAGUGGCCAUGUUUUAUGAAUAUAGACGUCACUGGAGUGAAGUGGUUAAAAAGUUGCAGGAGAAAUACCCCCAGUGGACAUCUGAAGACAUUUUAAACCUUAGAUAUCAGUUUGAGGUUUUUGUCAGAGAUCAAGGCUAUCUUCUUCACUUUGCUACCUUCAAUGAGAUGCUUGACGUCUUUCAAGAUGCCACUUCUCUUGAGCAGCGCAGAGCGAUGUUUGACAGUGUAGACACUUGUCAGUACAACGCCAUCAACUUUGAGGAGUAUCUUCAGCUCAUGAACAAUAUUAACAUUGGGACACCUGUACCCAGGCCUCCCGGAAUUGAGGACGACAGAGAUGAGAUUAUGAAUUUAGUCUCAGAUUUAUCAGAAGCUCACACCUUUUCACAGAUAUGCUAUGGUUUGUUCUAAA